AUGUUCCAUCAGCAAGAACAACUGAAGAGUCAGCUGGAGGAUAGCCACUUGGGCAACAGACAGCUUGGCUUCCACUGUCAGGAGUGCGGAAAGCAAUACAACACUCAGCUGGGUUAUAGGCGGCACCUGGUGGAAGCUCACAGCGCUGGCGCAGGCCUGACUUGCUCGGAAGGUGCACCAUCCCUGCUGGAACACCUGGGAGGCGGCCAUAUUGAUAGGCCACCUCCAGAGGGCAACAACAAUGCUGUCGUAUCAGUGAGAGAGAGGAAAUAUUCCUGCGAGCGAUGUGACCGCCGCUUUUACACCAGAAAGGAUGUGCGGCGCCAUGCUGUGGUGCAUACUGGACGCCGGGAUUUCUUGUGUCCUCGCUGUGCCCAACGCUUUGGUCGUAGAGACCACUUGACCCGUCACUUGAAGAAGAGCCAUGCGCACGAUGCGGGAUUGAUACCCCUGGUUACGGCCAGUACCCCAGUGGAAACAUCUACUCCAACCAACCAGGGUCCAGUAAAGGAGUCAAGCCCUUCGGCUUCAGAUCGAGGUUCCUCCACAUCCACCAAGGAACCUGUCGAGACCUUCACCCGGGACAUGUUCAACUCUUACCCUAUUACCAAUCCUGUGUCUGGAAUGAGUCACCCACAUGGCCUCAUGCAGGUCUCCAUGGGUGUCGGUCGCCACAUGCCCCCACCAUCGCCUCACAACCACCAUCAUCACUUGCAGCCUCUUUCAGCACCACAGCAGCAAUCAUACAGCAGCAUGCCCAGGUACCAACAAGGAUCUACCUCAUAUCCUCGCACUGAUGUGGACAGUUUCCUGCUGGAUCUGCAGGGGGCUCCUCCUCCCCACCUCAGUUCUGUCAACUCUUCUACCUCGACGUCCAGCUCUCCUCAAAGGGAGAUGCUAGCUGAAGGGAUGGCUGUCAACAGCGAUCCCCACCUCGUGGCCAGGAAUCCCGAGCUUUCCUGCACCACUAACAUGGAACUCGGGCCGCUCUUGGGCUUUUUGCCUUUUGGCCUGCCGCCUUACAGCUCUCACGUGGGAAUGGGCGGCCUAAUGAUGGGUUAUCCUGCUGCCACCACCGCCACCUCAUCACCAAGCUCCACCACUGGGUUGUCUUCUCAGUCUUCAGGGCCAUUUACCUUCUUCCAGCCUCCUCAGGCUCAUGUGCCCCAGGGCCCUGUUGCCCACAACCAUAGCCAACUACCUCAGGCAUACAGCACUUCUGCUGUUAGCACUUCUAGCCCAUUACCUCAUUACUACCAAGCCUUUCAACAGUAG